AUGGACGCGUAUGACUGUAUCGUCGUGGGCGCCGGCCUCGCCGGUUUGCAAGCCGCCACCAAGCUGGCCGAGCGAGGCCACACCGUGCUGGUCCUCGAAGCUCGCGACCGGGUGGGAGGGCGCACGCUCAACAUCCAGGUGGGCCAGGACGCGUGGGACGGCGGGGCCGGGUGGAUCGGGGCGCAGCAGCCGCUGGUGAAGGGUCUGUGCGAGCAGCUGGGCAUCGCCACCUACCCGCAGUACGACGAGGGGAAGCACAUCCUCAUGAUCAACGGCAAGGUGAGCACCUACACGGGCAACAUCUCCUCCCUCAACCGAUCCGACCUGGGCGAGCUCGAGCAGGUCGUGCCUCUGGACAAGCCGUACGCGUGCGCCAACGCCCUCGAAUGGGACAGCAUGAACCUCGAGGUGUGGGAGCGGCAGAACAUGAAGAGCGAGGUGGCCAUCAACCUGCUCAACUUCAUCAUCCGUACCGUCUUUGCCGUCGAGCCGUCCCAGGUCAGCUUCCUCUUCUUCCUCUUCUUCCUGCGCUCGGGAUUCGGCUACAACUGCCUGUCGGACAUCCGCGGCGGAGCCCAACAGGAGAGGGCAUUUGUAACAGACGGACAGGCUCGCCUGACCAAGGACAUUGUGGUGGGCGGCACGCAGAGCAUUUCGCUGGCGCUGGCCCAGGUGCUGGGCUCCAAGAUCCUCCUCAACGCCCCCGUCCGCAAGAUCGAGCAGUGGGCGGGAGGCGUCGUGGUGCACUCGGACUUGGGCGUGCACCGCAGCAAAUACGUGGUCGUGGCCGUGCCGCCGGUCGUCGCGGGCAGCAUCCAGCAUAGCCCUCCGCUGCCGGCGAUGCGGGACCAGCUCACCCAGCGCAUGCCCAUGGGCUGCGUCAUCAAGCUCAAGGCGGCCAUCAUCGAGCAGGUGGUGAGCCUCUUCGGAGAGGAGGGGCGCCGCCCCCGGGAGGUGAUCAUCAAGGACUGGAUGCAGGAGCAGCCCUGGAGCAGGGGCUGCUACGUCGGCGUCAUGCCCUCCGGCAUGCUUUCCUCCUUCGGCAAGGCGUUGCGGGAGCCCGUGGGCCGCAUCCACUGGGCCGGCACCGAGACGGCGAUGGAGUGGAUCGGGUACAUGGAGGGCGCCCUCUCCUCCGGCCUCCGCGCGGCCGACGAGGUCGUGGCCCGCCUCCACACCGACCCCGUCCCCGCUCGCCUCUAA